GUGCUUGAAGCUAUUGAAUAACAUUUCUGUAAGUUUUGAGUUAAUUAAUAUUAAUCAAGCCAAGUUAUGAAAUCAAGAACCAAAGGAAGCAAAUUCGCAGACACCUGUUACUUAUUGGUCCUUUUGGUUCGACCAAUGGUAGCUGCCUUUGCAUAUCAGUAACUUCGCCAUGGCACUAGCCCAACAGUAAUUUUGCGCACCUAUUUAAAGCUGUAAACUUCACUUUUGUUCAGGAAGAUUUCUCUGGUCACACUACACUGAUUUUCUUGAAUAUGGACAACAUUUUUGCAAAGCAUUAUAAGAAUCAAGUCUUCAAAUGUCAAACAUCUUGGAACACGUGUGUACGAUAUUUACAGUGAAUACACCCGGCUUUCAGUGCUUUCUUAAGAUCUUUCUGGAUGCCAGGGGACUAAAGAAAGAAUCUCUUGAUGCUUAUUUAAACUCAAAAAGAGAAAUAGUGGUUAAUGCAAAAACCAAAACUGAAAAAUCUGAUGAAAUCAUCUGUCGUGAAGUCCAGAAUACUCUAACUGUUCCACUUAAUGUAAUAGUGGAAAAUUCUAAUAUUGUGCUUUUACGCAAUGGUUUUCUUUUGAUCAACAUCCCAUACAUGUCUGAGAAUUUAACCGAACAAAAAAAUGAAACCCACACAGACGAAAGUGAUAGAACAGAAUCCAACGGAUGCAGGAAAUAUGUAACAAAUGAGAACUAUAUCAUACUACGCAAUAAUGAAAAGUCACAGAGCAACCAACUUGAUCAGCAUCAAACAAUACGCAAAGGAAAUCGACUAGUUUUAAUGAUCCCUUUAGAUCAAAACUAUAAAGAAGAAAAUGUAAAAGUCACUGUUGUCCAACGUUCAGUAUGCGUUACUGCCACCUACCUUGACUAUCCAACAGAGAAAUACAAUGUGAAUGGCUCUGAUUUAAAACAUAUGGUUCAACGAACGUAUUAUAAAGAAUAUGAAGCAUCAGAUUGCAUUCCUGAUCCUGAUUCAAUUACUUUCCAUAUGGAUAAUAACUGUCUUAUUGUAAAUUUGAAUAUCAUUCAAAGGUCACCGUUGCCUGAAGUCACUUGAGACUUAGGAAAUGUACCUUGAUUGAAUUUGAUAAACAGUGACAAUGAAGGACAUAUGUAUUUCGGUCACAACCUGUGAAUAUUAACUUCAUUUUAACGACUCUUUGACAAGUCUCUUGUUUAAGUAAGACGAAGAAAAAAAAUUGUCGUUGUUAAGUUUUGUUGUUAAUUGCACCUACAAAUGUUAAAUAGAUGCGAAAAUUAUAUACAUAUAUAC